UCGCUUUGCCGAAAAGCAUCAACUAAAUGAACAGUGAACACCUUCCCCUUUAAACCGGUGCGAAGGCCAGUAGCUCCGCCCACUAUAGGCCCCGCCCCCGGAGUGGGAGGGACCGCGAUGCGCAGACAGUAUAACCCGGCGCAGACUGUCGCGAUCCCGCCCACCUUUACGGUCCAAAGUGAGGGUCGCGGCGGGUUGUACUUUCUUUUCGCAGGGAGAUGGACGCGAUUUUGAGCUUGAGACCCGAGGACUUUGAGGACUAUUACGGUUUGCUGGGAUGUGACGAGUUGUCCUCGUCGGAACAGAUUCUUACUGAAUAUAAAAUAAAAGCCUUGGAAUGUCAUCCGGAUAAGCACCCUGACAACCCCAAAGCAGCGGAGGAAUUUCAAAAGCUGCAAGAGGCCAAAGAGAUUCUGACUGAUGAAAAUAGCAGGAAAAGUUACGAUUAUUGGCGACGCAGUAGAAUUGCGGUACCCUUUCGUGAAUGGCAGGCACUUAGCCAGUCCGUCAAAACUUCAAUGCACUGGGCUGUCAAGUCCAAGAAGGAGCCAAUGCUGGAAGCAUCUAAGGAUACAAAGGAGAACGUCAUAAUGAACGCCACGGAUAAAGACACUCAGACGGAACGCCAGCCAUCCGUAGAGCUGCAGUCUCCCAUCACGCCCACGUCUCCGGGUGAAAGCCACUGGCAUCUCCGUUUUCGCUGGACAUCCGAUGCUCCGUCUGAACUUCUGAGGAAAUUCAGAAAUUAUGAAAUAUAACAGGAUGCCAAAUAUUUAUUUCCCCCCCCCAUUUUUCCAGGUUGUGUCAUUGUGUCAUUGCUUCUGUAUGGGGUGGAUUCCCCACCUAAUCCUCUUGCUAUCUGAACACACAAUAUUGUAAUACUGCUGUGGAUUUUUAGUCCUUCCUAGAUGAGCUUAGAACUGCAGCCCAGCUGCCAAAUAAACAUGUCUGUAAUCCUUUGUGUUAAAAACAAUAACUGAUAAAGCUUCAUUAAAUAAGGGUGACUCAGAACCACAAAUGUUAAGAUUAUAAAUUCAACAUACCCAUUACUACAUAUAUAAAUUCUUUAGCUAUGGAAAGAUUGAUUCCUGUAAGAUUUUAUUAAAUAUUUUUUAAUGUUCUUUUUCAGUUUGGAGGAAACUUUGUGAAUGUCUGGCUUUUUCAUUGUAGUAAAGUGGCAUUCUUAAUA